CUCCCGACUCUCAGUCGCUCCGGCUGCUUCUUGCCCCGCCCCGCCAUUGUCCCCAUCCGUCUCCUUUUCCUUUUCGUCCUAAAAGCUUUGAGAGCUGCUGGCCCGUCUUGGUGCUCUGCGUCCCUCCACCUUCGGUGGGUCAGACGAGCAGGAUGGAGGGCUGCCUGGGGGAGGAAUCUUUUCAGAUGUGGGAGCUCAACCGGCGCCUGGAGGCCUACCUGGCCCGGGUCAAGGCGCUAGAGGAGCAGAAUGAGCUGCUCAGCGCGGAGCUCAAGGGUCUCCGGGCACAGUCCGGGGUCGCCUCCUGGAGGGCCCGUGCCGACGACGAGCUGGCGGCCCUGCGGGCCCUCGUCGACCAGCGCUGGCUGGAGAAGCACGCGGCCGAGGUGGCGCGCGACAACCUGGCUGAAGAGGUGGAGGGCGUGGCGGGCCGGUGCCAGCAGCUGCGGCUGGCCCGGGAGCGGACGUCGGAGGAGGUGGCCCGCAGCCGGCGUGUUGUCGAGGCCGAGAAAUGCGCUCAGACCUGGCUGAGCACGCAGGCGGCGGAGCUGGAGCGCGAACUGGAGGCUCUGCGCGCGGCGCACGAGGAGGAGCUAGCCGGCCUGAACGCGCAGGCUGCCUGCGCCCCGCGCGGCCCCGCUCCGCCCCGAGGGCCCCCCACGCCGGCCCCCGAAGUGGAGGAGCUGGCGCGGCGUCUGGGCGAGGCGUGGCGCGGGGCUGUGCGCGGCUACCAGGAGCGCGUGGCGCACAUGGAGACGUCGCUGGGCCAGGCCCGCGAGCGCCUGGGCCACGCGAUGCAGGGCGCUCGCGAGGGUCGCCUGGAGCUGCAGCAGCUUCAGGCGGAGCGCAGCGGCCUCCAGGAGCGCAGGGCUGCGCUGGAGCAGAGGUUGGAGGGCCGCUGGCAGGAGCGGCUACGGGCCACUGAGCAGUUCCAGCUGGCCGUGGAGGCCCUGGAGCAGGAGAAACAGGGCCUACAGAGCCAGAUCGCCCAGGUCCUGGAAGGUCGGCAGCAGCUGGCACACCUCAAGAUGUCCCUCAGCCUGGAGGUGGCCACAUACAGGACCCUCCUAGAGGCGGAGAACUCCCGGCUGCAGACACCUGGCAGUGGUUCCAAGGCUUCUCUCAGCAUCUUGGACCCUAAGUUGGAGCUGCAUUUCCCUGGGACCCCAGAGGGCCGGCGUCUGGGACCUUUGCUCUCUGUCCUGAGUCCUACUCCUCUCUCCUCACCCCUGCCCGAUACCCUUGACACACCUAUGCCAGCCUUUCUGAAGAGCCAGGAAUUCCUUCAGGCCCGCACCCCCACCUCGGCCAGCACCCCCAUCCCACCCACACCUCAGGCUCCCUGCCCUGCUCCAGAUGCCGAGAUCAGAGACCAGGACGCCCCUCUCUCCCUGCUCCAGCCACGGGUUGGGAGGCAACAGGCUCCAGAAGCUGUGCAGGCUGAAGCCAAGGUGGUCAUCCCUGCCAGUGUCCUGCCAGGACCUGAGGAGCCUGGAGGCAAGCAGCAAGAGGCUGGUCCUGGCCAGGCCCCUGAAGAUCAGGCCCCCUUGGCCCCAGCUCUCAGCCCUGACCGCCACAGCUUAGAGGUCAAAGAUGGAGAACCCAGUGAAUCUAGAGAAUCCAGCAGAUUUCAGGAGGAAGGUGAAGGGCAGAUCUGGGGGCUGGCAGAAAAAGAGACAGCUGUAGAGGUCAAAGCAGUGAGCAGCUUGCAGCGGGAAGCACAGCAAGAAGAGGGGGAUCUGGACGUGAAAGAAAUCCAGGAUGCCCAGGAGCUUUUGGAAAAAGAAUCUCUGAAGUCUCCGGAAGAGGAGAUUCAAGAGCCACUGGUGUCUCUGGAAAAACAGAGCCAUGAGACAAUGAGAUCCCUAGAGCAGGAGAAUCCAGAAUCUCUGAGGUCUCUGGAAGAAGAGAAUUUAGAAACACUAAAACCUCUAGAAGAGGGGAAUCAAGAGUUAUUGGCAUCUUUAGAAGAAAAAGAGAUGGAGGUAGUGAGAUCACUAGAAAAAGAGACUCUAGAACUACUUAAGCCUGUAGAAAAAGAGGACCCGCAGACAUUGCAAUCUCUGGAAAAGGAAAAUCAAGAAACACUGAGGUCUUUUGAAGGUAAUGAAGAGACAUUUUUAUGUCCAAGAAAGGAAAAUCAAGAAUUGGUGACGUCUCUAGAAGAGGAGAACCUUCUAGUAAGGUCUCUAGAAGAGUCAUUGAGAGCUCAAGAAAAGGAGAGUCAAGAGCCACUGAGAUCUCAAGACAUAGAGAACCAGGAAGCAUUGAGACCCCUAGCAAAAGAGGGUCAAGAGCCACUGAAGUCUCUAGAAGAAGAUCAGGAGACAGUAAGACCUCUAGAAAAAGAGAAUCAUGAGUCCCUGUGGGCUCCAGAAGAUGAGUGUCAUGAAACUUUGAGACCUCUAGAAAAAGAAAACCAGAAGUCACUGAGGUCUCUAGAAGACCAGGAGACAACAGGAUCUCCAGAAAAAGAGAAUCAGGAGCCACUGAGGUCUCCAGAAGAUGAGAACCAGGACACAUUGAGACCUCUAGAAAAAGAAGCUCAACAGCCACUGAAGUCUCUAGGAGAAGAAGACCAGGUGACACUGAGACCUCUGGAAGAGGUGAAACCAGAGCCACUAGAAUCUCUUGAAAAAGCCCAGGAGAUAGAUAGACCUCUAGAAAAAGAUAAUCAAGCGUUAUUAAGGUCCCUAAAUGAAGAGAGUAUAGAGGCAGUGAGAUGUUCAGAAACGGAGACUCUAGAAGCACUGAAGUCUAUAGGAGAGGAAAACCAAGACAUAGCGAAACGUCUAGAAGAGGAAAGUCAGGAACCACUGGGGUCUGGGGAAGGGAACCAAGAGACAUUGAGCCCCCUAGAAAAGGAGCAUCGAGCAUCACUGAGCUCCCUGGGAGAGAGGAACCUAGAGAAUUGGAGAUCUCCAGAGGAAGAAGGCAAGGAAAGUCAGAGGUACCUGGAAGCGGAAGAGAACGUAGAGAAGAGAGAGACUCCAGAGCCACCGAGGUCUCUGGAGGAGGAGGAACAGGCGACGCCACCCUCUGCACAUCAACAGAAGUGGGACGAUGUGGGCGGGGUGCAACGAGAACUGGAUCAGGAAGCGCCCCCUGGGAAGGCUGGAGUGGACAGUGAGGACAAGGCAGACCUGGAUCAGAGAGAACAGGAUGGCAUCGAUGGCAAGGGGGAGGCUGGAGAGCAGGCAGGAGAGGCCACGGGGGAGGCCUGGAGCACAGGUGGGGGGCAGCCAGGGAGCCUUGAGCCCGAAGAGCAGAGCGUCCCAGCUGAGGGAGCCAGUGGGGAGGGAGGCACCCAGGGCUUCCAAGACCCUGAAGAGAGGCCAGGGCAGGAGGGGGCUCCAGGCUUCCGAGCUCCCCAGGGAAUCUCAGAGGUGAUAGAGCCCGUGUUGGAAGAUGAUGUGCCCCCUGCGGAUGGCCAAGCCUCCCCAGAGGUCGCCUUGGGGCUGGAGGCUGCUGUGGGCGAGUCCGAGUCCAUGGGAGCGGAGCAGGGGCCAGAGCAGGAGGCAGGAAGCCUGGAGGAGUCAGGUGGCCUGGCCAGAGAGGAUGUGACAGAGUCACCCCUGGGAGAAGAAGGUUUGGAAGCAAAGAGGGUGCAGGGCUUGGAAGGGCCCAGAAAGGAGCUAGCAGAGGCGGUUGCUCUGGAGCCAGAGCUCGCUGCACUGCCCAGCGAGAGGAGAGACUUGCUGGAGGCUCCGGGCGGCUGGGAGGAAUCAAAGCCUGAGGCCCCUGGGGAAGCAGAGGAGGCCUUCCCCACUGAGACCUUGCACCACAGUGGAAGUGAUGCCCCUCAACCCAGGCCCCUGGGGUCAGAGAGAGCAGAGGAAGAGGCAGAAUCCGUGCUGGGGCCCCCCAGCCCAAGGCCCGCUGAGUCCUCAUCACCCACCCCAAACCCUGAAGAUGCACUUGGGCCCCAGUGCCUGGCUGAGGGGACCCAAGAGACUGGCUGGGGGCUGGAGGGCAGGGCUGAGGUCCCUGAGGGGGAGCAGGAGGAUUUGGGCUCUGGGGAAAUCCCUGAGGGCCUCCAGGAGGAGGAGGAGGAAGAGAGCAGAGAAGAGAGUGAGGCCGAUGAGCUAGGGGAGACCCUCCCCGACUCCACUCCUCUGGGCUUCUACCUCAGGUCCCCUGCUUCCCCCAAGUGGGACCUGGCUGGAGAGCAGAGGCCCUCCCCUCAAGGGGAGACCAGGAAGGAAGGCUGGGGUCCCGCUGCCCUGGCCCCUGAGGGCCUGGGGGCCCACCCCUCAGAGGAGGAGGGAGAUGAGGAGGAGGAACGUGGCCGUGACUCUGAACUGUCAGAAGAAUUUGAGGACCUAGGGACGGAGGCGUCUCUCCUUCCUGGGGUCCCUGGGCAGGUGGCAGAACCUUUGGGCCAGGUGCCCCAGCUGCUUCUGGAGCCUGCAGCCUGGGAUCGGGAUGGGGAGUCCGACGGGUUUGCAGAUGAGGAGAGCGGGGAGGAAGGAGAGGAAGAAGAUGAAGAAGAGGAGGGCAGGAAGCCAGGGGCUGGGCGGUGCGGGCCAGGGCCCUCUGCUGGCAGCCUCCCGGCCCUGAGUGACCCUCAGAGAGGGAGCCUCCUGGGGUCUGAGGCCGUGGAUGUCAGUGUCCCCUGGGAUGACGGCUCGAGGGGCGUGGCAUUCGAUGCCCCCAUGACUGCCCUGGAGACUGGGUCCCAGGACAGCGCUGAGGCCUUGGGCUCAGAGGAAGAGUCCGCUGCUGCUCCCUUGGAGAGGCAGGACCACAUCCCCGGCCCUCUGGAGACCCUCGGUGGGGUGGAGGACAUGGCCUUGGAGGUAGGGGACACUUUUGGUGUCAAUGGCCAGGGCCCCAGCCUGAAGGAAGAGCUGGAGCAUGUGAAUGGGGGGGUGGUGAAUGGGCUGGAGCAGCCUGUGGGUGUGGGGCAGGGGAAAGCAGGGGCCCUGGAGGGGGUCCAAGGGACCCCCUUGGAGGGGGAGGAGGGGGGCGCCCUGAAGACCCCUUGGGCAGGGGCUCCUCUUCACCUGGGCCAGAGCCAGUUCCUGCCGUUCACUCAGAGAGAGGGAGAUGGAGAUUCCUGGUCCUCAGGGGAGGACUAGAGAGGGAGCUCCCCUAGGGCACUGAGGACUUGUGUUGGGGGGAGAUGUCCCCAAGCGCCCCUCCCACUGAGGGGGCUGCACCCUUAACUAUGAUCUCUUGACCUGCCCUUUCUGUCUCAGAGGCCAGGCUGGCCAAGGUGAGAUGGGUGAGGCAAAGGGACCUGUCCCACGAAUGGAGGCUCCAGGAGUAAACUCUCAGACCCUCAGACCCUGCAGAGGGGGCCAUCCUGCCUGCCUUGUCCCCUGAGGCUGAAGCCAACUGAAUCUCAAUAACUAGGGCCCCUCUUCUGGGCACCCCUUCCCCUCCUCCCAUCAGCUGGAAAAUCUCUGAGGGGGGCGGGGGCUCUGCCUUUCUUCACAGGGCGGGGCUUGGGCCGGCAUCUGGUUAGUGGCUAAUGAGGGUGAGGGGGUGCUCCUGUGUCCUGAUCCCCCCAUAUUCCUGCCUUGUUGUGGCCCCCUCUGCCUCAUCCCUGCCUGAAUAAAGUACUGCCUCCACUUACAAA